CAAAAUUUGGAGUUGUUUGGUGAUCAGCCGAUAACCUAUUUGCGCAGUUGAAAAGUAGACCCGUGUUUCAUCGAUUUACAGUGCUUUAAAUAGUUCUAGUGUUCUCAAUUUCAACCUGAUUGUAUUUGUGUUAUUACUGUGUGUAUUCUAAACGUGCAAUUGUGUGUUUUAUCAGCAAUUUGAGUCGGUUUUCUUUCAUCGCUGUUCAGGUCAUUGUACUAGCAAGGCGACCGGCCGAACAAAACAAUCUUCUUGUUUCAUUCCACUUACGUGGUCUUGAUAUUCACCUUAAUGGCCAGUAAAAGCACUAAUCUAAGAAGUCAAUUGGAAGAUUUGAACAUUACUCGCGAUGAAUUGGAUCAAAUUGGUGAAGCUUUGAAGAAAGAAGAGUUUCGUAAGCUUUUGAAUAAUUACUUUGAAGAGGUCACAAAUCCAGAAAACCAGAAAGUCUACGAGAACGAGAUCACACAACUUGAGAAGGAACGCGGUGUGGAUGUUACAUUUAUUCAUCCAGCUGCCGGGUAUGUGAUUAAAACUAGUGUUGACGGUAAGAAAAAAGCAUUCAUUAAUAUUUGUCAAAAUGAAAACAUUGGAAAACCCUUUGCUAAGCGUGAAACAGGAGGAGUUAGAUGGUCCGUACCACACAGCCUUGCUCCACCACGUGAUGAUCUCGAUAAGAACAAAAAUUUCUGUAUUGUUUAUGAUGUUGUAUUUCAUCCCGAAGCAAUUCGAAUGGCUAAUUCCAAUAAACCGUUCAAACAAUUAGUUAACGAUACUGCCUUGAACGCUAUAGAAGACAGCUACAAGGUAGCUUUAGAUAAGAAGAACCUUAUCUAUCCAAAAAUCCCAUUCAAAGGUUUGAAACGUCCCACUGUUAUACGAAAAAAGUCAAAAUGCCCACCAACCCCUUCCGAAGAUUCUGAUCAAGGUAUUUUUGAUCUACCCAACUACCCCUACUCCGAACCACCUGAAGAAGUUGAAGUCAAAUCUUCAGAACUCCCUACAAACAAAGAUGAAUCACCAUACACUGUUCCCAAAUACAUCAUCAAACAAAGAAGCAACAUUGAAAUGCAAGACUUUACAAAUUCGAUGACAUCCAAAAUGAACGCAGCAAUACCGUCAGCUCUUGUCGUUGAAAUCGAUCUACCGCUAAUAAAAUCGGCCGUCGAUGUAAAUCUGGAUGUAUCGGAAAAGUCGUUGUGUUUGUCCAGUGAAAAACCGGCCAAAUAUAAGUUGGAUGUCAACCUGCCUUACGCUGUACUAGAGGGGGAAGGUAGCGCUAAGUUCGACAGCAGAACAAAAAAGUUGGUGGUCACCCUUUCUGUAAAAAGACGUCACACCACGCCCAAUUUGCAGCAACUGAGUCGUGAGGAUAGCGGCGUGGAUAGUGAAUCAAGAAGUACAGAAUCAUCCAGUGAUGAUGAGCUGUCGAAAUGUGAUGGCGACAAACCUCCCGUCAUCGUCGAAGUGAUAUCCGGUGGUGAAAACAAACAAACAAUCGAUGAAAGUGAUGAAACCGCGUACAGGACUAGCAUUGUGGAACACUUUUUAUCAAGUGAUAUAGCCUACUCACUGCCUUCCUACAAGUGUAACAACGUUGACAACUUGUUGGCGUUCACGUUUCACGUUAAGAACGUGGAGCCUGAAUCUGUGGACCAUGUUUUUCUGGAGCGGAGUUGCGGGGUUCACCUAAAGUUCAAAUCGAUGGGCGCCGGGUGUUUUCCCAGCCACUAUGCGUUCUGCGUCAAGUUCCCUGGCGAGUUGUCAGUGGAUUCUGACAGUUUAAGCAUCGAAGUGUGGGACAACAAUGUUAUUGCUCAACUAAGACUGAUUGGCUGUGAUAGUAAUUCUACGUUGACUGAUUACUUAUGUGGCAAGAGUGAGGAGGAGCUCGAGAAAAAGGCUUUUGAUUUGCCAGUUGCUGUACUCAAACUGUCUCAGGAAAGCAAGCUCGCGAAUGAGAAAAAACACGAGAAAGAAGACAUCAAAGUUGAAGUGCUCAAAAACGAAAAAGAAUUGAAAUCGAUAAAGAUAACACACACAAAACCGUCAGCCGUCCAGUCUGCUAACGAAUCAUUAGAAAACAAAGUACAAUUAGAUGAUAAAUCAACAGAAAAAGCAAUAGAUGAUGAACUUAUAAAAGCAUUGUCCUCAAAACCUUCAAAAUGUGAUAAACCCUCUUCAAAACCAGAGUCCGAUGAAAGGAAAGGUGUGAAGAAAUGUGAUAAAACCGCGGUGAAUACAGAGUCUGAUAAAAGAAAAGGAGUAAAGAAAUUUGAAGAAACCACAUUGAACUCAGAAACUCUUAGAAGCAAAGAAGUGAAGAAAUGUGAUAAAACUACGGGAAUUCAGAAACUGAUAGAAGAAAAAGCGGUAAGAAAUGUCAUGAAGCCAAAAAUUCUGAAUCUGAAAUCAAAAGUGCGAAGAAAUGUGAUAAAAUCACAGAGAAUUCUGAAUCUGAGAAGAGAAAAGAGUCGACGAAAACUGAUGAAAGUGCAGAAAAUUCAGAAUUUGAUAAAGACAAAGAUGAAGAAAUGCGAUAAAAUCGCUGAAAAUUCAGAACCGGUCCCUAUACUGAAAUGUGAUGGCAAAGGAUCUCCUGCUAAAAGAUGUACUUUCUCAGAUCGUCCACCCUUGGUGCAUGCGUUGUCAGAAUCGCUCAACGAUGGUGCUGAAAGUAUGAAACCCCGUUUCAGGGGUAUUUUGAAAGUGGGUCGCAGUCUGUCUGAGUCGAACGUCGACGACUAUCAUUGGUCGGAAGAUGGCGGCGAGGGAGGGGAGAAAGUCAAGAAAACUGUGCGCUUCAAUAAUGCCAUCUCCAAGAAAACUUUCAGACGCAACUCAUGCAUCCUGGACCAGCGCAAAAAGAACCAACGCAAGUCGCGCAACAAGAAGCGUGCUCAGCAGCGGCGUGCGAGCGAGAGCGAGACUUCCGAGUGUGAGACCGACAAGGCGGACCUGGAUGACCUCAACAUCUGCGUCAAAGUGGACGACGACACUGAGACCAGCGAGACCAGCGCCAGCGAGACGCAGUCAGAGUCGGACGACGGCCUCAAGAAGCCGCAGAACGACGAGAUGUCGCUCUCGCGCCGCAAUCCGCACAAAAAGGGCAAGAAGAAGUCGGCCCGAAAGUCGGCCUCCACCGCUAAGAUGCAUUUCUCCAACAACCUCAUGUUUGAGUUGGAUGCCUAGGGCUGCAAGGCUCACCAAACAAGCUCAAUUCAUGACACGAAUGUUGAAGUAAAUGCUUAGGGCUAGGUGUCACCUACAAUCUCAUGUUCAAACUAUACUGAAUUGAAACAAUCUUGAAACAAGUGUUGAGUUGAAUCACUACCUCCGUAAACAAAGCCGUAGUGCAUUCGUGUGACGUCAGCACAGGUAGGGCUCCUACACCAAUAACAAUCUGUUUAUUUCAGCUGAUA